AUGGUCAAUGUCCUGUAUGCCGUGCUGCACUCCCUCCUGAGCUGCCUCAUCCCACCAGCCAACCUGCUGGUAAUCCUGGCCGUCUACCAGCUGAUGAGGAGGCAGCCAGGCACCAGCUACGUCUACAUCCUCAACCUGGCCACCGCCGACCUGCUGGUGGGUGUGAUGAGUGUCGUCGAGGCGUUGGAUGAUAUCUUCGAUGGGGCUUUUGACUACAGCAAGUGCUUCUGCCUCCUGCGCAUCGCCAUGAGCAUGACGCCGUGCAUCGGCUCCAUCCUGACCCUGCUCCUCAUCUCCCUGGACAGGUACCUGGCGGUGACGCUGCCGCUUUCCUACCCCACCCUCCUGAAGAAAACGCCCAUAGUCCUCUCCCUUGUUGUGCUCUGGAUGCUUGCCUUCCUUUUUGGGCACUUGCCCGUGAUCUUGCCCUCCCUCCAGCGAGGCAAUUACACAGGCUCCUGUGGGCUCCUGCACGUGGCCAAGAGUGAGUACCUCUACGUGAUCUGCUUCGGCGUCUUUGCCCCGUCCCUGCUGGUGCUGGUGUGCCUGUACGUCUCGGCGCUGCGGACUGUGCUCCUCGUCAUCGUUGGCUUCAGCCUCACCUGGGGCCCCUACCUGGUGGGGGGCACCGUCCUGGCCAGCCCGCUCUUGGAUGCCUUGUUCCUGCUGGGCGAGACCAACUCCCUUGUCAACCCCCUCAUCUACGCCCUGUACAGCAGAGACAUCCGGAGCCACCUCGCAAAGCUGCUCCAGUGCAGG